UAGGAUGACCCGACGUGGAGCUCGCCGUUUGGCUGGUGGAAAUACAGAGAGUUUGACACAAUCAAUAAAUGAAGUCAUCCUUCAAGAUGUCCACAGCCUCUACAUCGAGGGAGAUGACAGUCUUCUAAAUGUGGGAGAAGAUUUGGGUCUUUCUGUUGAGCCUCCUAGAAAGAAAAUAAACAUAAUGCUCAUAGGUAAUCACUCUGCGGGAAAGAGUAGUUUUAUCAACUGGUAUAUCGAGGAAACCAUACAAAGAACAGGAGUUGCCAUAGAAACCCAAGGAUUCACCUUAGUAACCAGUGGAAAACGCAGAGAUACUCUCACAGGCACUGCUACAAUACAUUUCUACCCGAUGUUAAAGGAGCUCCUCUCUACUGAUAAGAUAUUAGAUUACCUAGCCACCGAGGUGACCACAAGUAAACAGAAGAAGUUCCCUCUGAUUACAUUUGUAGACACACCGGGCCUGGUGGAUGGGGAGAUGUUAUACCCUUUUGACGUGGACCAGGCUAUUCAGUGGAUGGGCGCAAAGUGUGACCUGAUAUUUGUGUUCUUUGAUCCUAUUGGACAAGCUCUCUGUAAGAGAACACUGAACAUUGUGGAGCAUCUCAACGAGUUUGCUGGCGACAAAAUGAGGUUCUAUUUAUCUAAAGCAGAUACAGCAGGAACGGAGACAGACAGGCAGAAAGUUAUGAUGCAGGUGGUCCAGGAACUCUGUAAACGACCCGGACUCAAUAAAACAGGUUUUGACAUGCCCACUAUCUACAUCCCAAGUCUUGCUAACGAGAAACAGCGCUGUGUCAACCAAAUUGAAGAUGUUUGCAGAGAUAUAGACAAAGCAAUAGCCCACACCCUCCAAAGUAUAUUGAACACUCUUGAUAAAGAUUGCGAUACGUUGGUUGAGAGGAUUGAUGAAACACUAGCUGAAGAUACAGUCCAUGGGAAACAUAACCUUAAAGCUUAUAGUUGGUGGUUGCUGUUUCAAACUCUGGGAUAUGGACUAUUUCUUCUCCUGAUCACCCAAUUCAUUUUCUCUAUACUCUCGCCUAGUAUGUUGAGUGCAUUUAUAGACGAGCAAACAACCCAACUAGUCUUUCAAACCAUACGACCAGUUCGGCAGCUGUUUGCUCUGAUACCGGAAGAUAACAAGUAUUUCGUAUUCGGAGCUAUUAUGGGAGUUAAUCUGCUCUGCUUCCUUCUGGCAAAGCUUCUGUCCCGGACAAAACCACGUCUGACCUCGAGAAUGAAGAAGCUUCACAUAGCUCGACGAAAGAAGAUUCUAGAAACGAUAAAACCUAAACAGAGUGACAUGUACUCCAAAUACCUCGCUCAGUGUGCGGAGUAAUCAUAUCCAACUUUCUCUAAAGUUGUUAUGUCGGUAAAGGUUUCAAGUUGAAUUCGGGUGCUGACUGCUGAUACUAUUUUAAUAGUCGUGCUAUUGCUGGAAAAACUCCGAUUUUAUUCGUCAAUUAUCUGUUAAAACUAAUAUGUACGUGUGUAUUAUCCAGAUAAAUUAGUCAUUUUUCCAUAUUAUCACCUAAUAUUGGGGUUGAUUUCGAGAGAAGUUCUUAAUUUUAAGUAAUUAUGAAGCAUUUUAGAGUGCAUUGAUAACAACGGCUGGAUCGUUGGGUGAUCUGUAUUUUACAUGAAUUUUAUUAACGCUUUUUAACCAAAUUUCAGUUAAUACAAUCUAGUUUGUACAAUCUAUUAAGCAGAGAGCAGUCUUAUUGUAUUCUUGUACAUUUGUUAUUCCGAUAUACAUAUAUUAUAAAAGCAAAGGAGCAGUUUUCAUUCGUAUGUUAAUGGUUAACCUCAUCAGAAAUAUGGAUAAUGUGACCAACUAAGUGACCAACUGUGAAUAAUGUAACCAAUUAUCUGCAAAGAGGUGGUUUUGCAGGAGUAAAUAUAUACAAUAUACAUGAUAAGUAUAAUAGUGGUGAUCUAUAAGUGCAGGGGCAAGGGCCGAGGUACUGCACUUCAGUUCUAAAUAUGUACCGUCUGUCGAACUCAUCGAUGAUAUUCGUCUGAUUUUUAAUAAUUUUAAAUAACGUUUUAUGAUGCGAUCGAAAUCUGAUUAAAUUGAAAUAUGUACAAAAACUCAGCAAUAUAAAUAACCAUAACAUUGUUAAAACUCGCAAAAACAAAAGACCGAUCUAAUACAUUUACAUACGCGCCAUGAACACGGAUAGUUUCAACUGGUUCACAAAAGACUUGGAGGUAGUCCUGGUGGAAAAAAUGGUGAAAUAUUCCAAUUUCUAGAUCAGAUUCACAAUUUUUCACCAUGAUUACCCCACAAAAGAAUUUCGCUCCUAUUCUGAUGAAACAGGCUCAACUUGUUCCGUAAGGAAAAGUAAAUAACAAAUUAAAAUGGAACAUCAAAAUUAAAAUGGGCUCUAGAACCAAAAAAGGAUAAAUAUCAGAACUAAUAGCUUAAGCUUACUAGAAAUAAAA